AUGAAUAUGCAAAGAGAGGAGAAGAAGAAAAAAAAAAAAAAAAAAAAAAAAUUCCUAAACAAGUUGAAAAGUUUUUUCCAUAUUUUAAGGACAAAAUUCUGGAAUGUAGGAAGAUGCAAGAGGAAUAGGAGAGUGUCCAUAUUAUAUUAUAAUGACGAUGAAUAUAUAAGCGAAAAUAAAAGCAACAUCAUCGUGAGGGUGUUCCUUUCCCCCGUGUGGUCAUUCCUCCGGAACAAGACAAAGGCAACCAUAGGGAGGUUGUUAAAAUGGGGAGGAUUUUUCUACAUAUGGGAAAAUGCAGCGCUCUUUUUGCCGUUUCAAAAUGGAAGGAAUAGGAAAAAAACAAAAGAUCUGGAAGAGGAACAAAAUCAAGCCAUCCUACGUAAGCUAGACCGAUGCGUUUUCCUAUACCCGAUAACGGAUAACCUCUCCAACAAACACAUGAUACAAAUAUGCAAAAAUUAUUUAACGAACAUGUUAUUUUAUGUGCACAAUUGGGGCAGCACUAAUGGGGAAGUAAAUUACAAGGAGUGUAAAGAAAUUGCAAAAAUGAAAAAGUUGUUUAUCCAUAAGGUUAACAAUUUAAAGGCCUUCAACGCAGAAAAUAAUCUCUACAUUAGUGACGAUUCUUUGAUAAACAAAAUUAUGGUUCGAGACAGUAGGGCCACACACCAUCAUUAUCACAGAAACGAAAUGAAGGAGGCGAGUAAUUUUUGCAAAAUUAGGAAGUACGAGCAAGAGUGUGUGAAGACGUGCUACAUCCCAAAUGGGAACCCUCUACGGAGUAGCAACAAUGGAGAGUAUAUUUGUAUGCACUACAAGAACAGACAUCAGUUAAUAUUUCGCGUGAUUAUUAACCGGCUGGGAACAUUUUACUUUUUUGUUUUUUUUACAUCCUUUUUGCUUCAACAGAUGUAUCAUUUUAGGACAAAUAAUUACACAUACUUUGCUCUUAGUUUUUUCGUCCUCUUCUUCUUUUCUGCGUUGAAAGAUCUUCACACGAUCGCUCAGCGGAUUGGCACCGAGCGGGGGGUGAACGCUAAGAUGUGCAGGCGAGUCACUCCUGUUGGUUUGGUGGAUGUCCCUUGUGCGGAGGUUAAGGUGGGUGACGUGCUCUACCUUGAAGAAAACGAAGAAAGCCCCGCAGACAUGGUCCUCCUAAAGUGCAGCCACGACGACGUGUACGUGUGUUCAAAAAACCUGGACGGAAAGACGGACCUCAAAAUGAGGAAGAGCCUUCUGCUUACGUCUUACUUACCAAAUAUUUAUGACAUGUUCAGGUUAAAAAUAAAAGUGAUGAUUGAAAAACCGCAUAAACGGCUGGACAAAAUGAACGGCUUGUUUAUUCUUUCGAAUUACCACUCCUUUGUUAAGAGUAUGUACAGCGACUUGGCAUGUUUGCAAAACACAUUUUUCAAAAGUGCCACUGGAAAGUUUCAUCAUGCGAGUGAGGUUUUUAAUUACCUCAUUGAAGACACCUACAUUGAGAAGGCCUACAAAUGUGUGGAUUUUCUCAUACGGCGGUCUGCAGUCCCUUUCGGGGAGCCAUCUGUCGGGGGUGCCUUCACAAGUCCGCCCCCCGAGGGGAGUACAACUACCCCAGCUGGAGGAAUAGCCACCAAUGGAAAGGCCACCCAUCUUGACCGCACCCCCAGCAACGACUUCGUCAACCGAGGAGCCGAACCACAGGACACCCAUUUCGAAAACUACAUCAGUAAGUUCCACUCCCAAAGUUCAUCACCCAUCGUAGGGGACGAAAGUGAAGAAAACUACAAAGAGCAAAUAGGAACAGAAAAUGUCAUCUGGUGUGGUAGCAAGAUUGUGCGGGGGAAAGUAUAUGGCCUUGUCGCCUACGCAGGGGCAGAUAAAAAAACGAGCAUUCUAGUGAGCAGGGCAAAAAAUAUAUCAGAAGGGGAGUGUAAAGCCAAGUGGAGAGCAUUGCAGAUGUGGCUAUUUCUGGUAUUAAGCGUAUGUCUCUACUUGUGCUUACAAGAAGAACGUCCACUUGGAACAAGCCCAUUGAUCAGCUUUGUUAGGUACUUCCUCCUGCUACUCCCAUACACGCCCUACGUUAAUAAUAUGUACGCCUACUUAAUGAGCAAAAUUUCGUUUUAUAUGUUACGGAAGCGAAAAGCCAUUCCGAAGUUCUCUCUGCUUAACUUUGACAUCGUCGAUCGGAUUAGCAGCACGUCUUUUCUGUUGUGCGACAAGGAGGAGGUGGUCAGUGGGGAGGGGCUGAAGCUUCGCGGGGUGCACUUUCUGCUUGGCGAGUUGGAAGACAAGAGUGGGGGGCGUAGCGGUGGUCGUAAUGGCGAACGUUGCGGUGGCCGUAAUGGUGAUCGUAGUGGUGGUCGCAUUGGCGAUGGAAGCGAUGACCGCAAGGGCAACCUUCCCUACUGGAGAUGCCUCUUGCAAGCACUCCUAAACCUUGUCGACUUCAACCCCUACUUGUGCGCGCCCCCCACAGAGGGGCCACAGAAAAACGGCGCACUUUUGAAAAACAUAGACCGGUACGGCCUCCCACUGGGCGGCAGAAACAAAGGAGACAAAACGGACAAGCUGUACAGAACAAUCAUCAGUGAUAUCUUAAAUUACACCACGGACAAAUCGAACAAAAUAUUUUUAACCCUCCUGUGCAUGCUAUUUUGCAAUGUAGCAAUGGUUAGCGGAAGAGGGGUUAAAAAAAAAAAUGAAAAAGAGCGCACGCUUCAUUCAAAGUGGGAUUCCAUUUACUCCCCAUGCCUGGAGGAAAACAUUUUCAUAAACUUUGUGAAGUCUUGCGGAAUGGACGUUUUUAGAAAAGAUGAUUCCAAAAUCGCCGUCGGAAUUUUAACUCCCACGAUUACACACAACAAAAAAGGGAAAAACGAAACACACAGUGUGGGUAAAAAUAGCAGGGACAAAGGGAGGGAGAAAAAUGUGUGCAAUGGCUCGAAUGAACGAUCUUCGGAGAGGAGGGGGAAAAAAAAAAAAAAAAAAAAAAAUUAUGAACAGGUCAGGCAAAAAUGCUGGAAUUUUAAAAACUCACUACAGAAUGGCGGCAUUUUUAAAAUGUCCAACGUGGCGGAAAAGGUAGACAGGGGGGAGGUGAAAUGUGAGCGAUUCCACGUGGGUAAUAACGAGGGGGAGGAACGUCCAGGAGGUAGCGGUGAUAGCGGUAGCGGAAGAAGAGGCGGGCUUAGCGACGAGUUUAGCGGCGGGUACAACAGCGGCUGUGGGAAAGGCCGCGCCGCGAGAAAUGGCCGACGCGAGCGUUGCCGCCCAGGCAGUGGGGACCAAAAGGGAAAAAAUAAAAGGGUGAAGACGUACAACUUUGACAUGAUAGACGCAUUGUCUCUCGACUGUAAUGGCCAAGUCAUAUGCACCCUCAUCUCGUACAAUGAAAAAAUAUUCUACUUAGUUAAGGGGCCUGGCGAAAAAAUUGCUAACAUGUUGUCUUGCGAAAGGGGAAAAAAGAAACUGAGGUCGAUUUCAAGGCCCUUUUGUGCCAAAGGCUUUCGCGUAGUUGUUUUUGCCUGCAGAGAAGUUGCACAGAACGAAUUAGAUGAAUACAAAAGGGUGAGCAGCGAACAGGGAAAGAAGCUUUUUUUUAAAAAUGUAUUCGCUAGCAAUGUGGAUGUGCUAGCCAUUGCGACGCUGAAGGAUGGGAUUAACGCUAAUGCUAAAAAAUGUAUGGAUUUGUUUAAAAGAGCGAAAAUAAAAACGUGGAUCCUCUCUGGGGAGAAGAAGGACAGUGUUAUAGCUACCUCCACGUCUUUACAGCUGCUGAACGAAAGGAAUUACGUUUGUCACCUGAGUAGGAGAAGGCUCACACGGAUGGUAAGGAGCAGAAUGGGGACACUCCAUACACUCCAGAGUAGUCCCCUAUCGGGUAUCUACACCAGCUGUGAUUUCCACUUGGGGGCACCAUCUCCCAGUGGGGGUCUAACACUGCGAAGGGGGACGCUACCCAUGUGCAACAUCUGCAAUGCAGACUAUGGCAGAUGCGAUCACAACGAGUAUCUUAUGCAAACGAAUAGAAGUUCACACAAAUUGGUUCUGCCCAGACCGGAUGCGAUCCACGAAAUGUGCGCUUCCAACGGGAGGGUCAACACGGGCGAAGUGGACAACAAUCAAACUGCAAACUGCUUUGGAGCCGAAUUGGAGCCUACCGGACAGACGUGUGGAGACACUAACAGUGUUUUUUUCCACCCCCCAGUUGGAACAGUCCAACCAAAGAGGGCGGCUAAAAAGAUUUCUCCACGAGAGGAUGGAGCUUUAUCAAAUGCACUGAGCGAAAUGCUGCACCAGUUUAGCUGCCCCUUUGGAGAGGCCGAGAAAAAAGGGAAGCUUGAGGGGGGGAGUGUCCAAUUUGGUAGGGAAAGCCCAGCUGACAAGCAAAACGAACAGCACCUCGACCGAACGAGUGAUACGCAAAGGAAUCCCCGUAAGGUUCCCCCCCUGCAGAACUGCGUGUACAUCGUCAAGGGAGACAUAAUUGACUACUACUUAAAACACGGGAAGAGGGAAUUCAUGAGGGCAUUAACCCUAUCUCGGUGCGCCCUCUUCUACGACUGCAACUCUAUCCAAAAGGGGAAAAUAGCCAGAUGUCUGCGCAGUGCAGCAGAUGGGAAGCAUGGGGGUGGCCUUAUAUGCUCAGUAGGAAACCAUGCGAAGGACUUAAACAUGUUCAACGAGGCAGAUAUAGCUAUCCGGGUGAAUAAGCAUAGCGGCACUAAUGUGAGCAACCUCUACGCAGAUAUGGAGGUGCAAUCAUUUGAAGACCUUAGUUGUAUAUUUUUUUUAUAUGGUUACAGAAUUAGUGAGAAUGUUCAUUCUUUGGUUGUGGCUAGCUAUUACAGAGGAUUUACAUUCCUAUUUUUACAAUUUUUUUUUUCUUACUUUUUCGCUAGUUGGCUAUCCAUCUUGUCCAACAUUUGCCUGCUCACCUUUUUCGCCUUUUUGUUCAUCAUCACUUUUGUGACGAUUGCCACCACGCAGAAUGAUGAUGCGUGGGUAGGGCACUCUGGUGGGGCUAACUACCACCUGUUGAGGAGAAAUGCACUACGAAGAGGGGAUUUACAAGGAAGGUUGUUUUCCCUAAAAUGGCUUUGUGCUGCCAUGUGGGUGGCCCUAUACCAGGCCUUUGUCCUCUUCAUGCGGGGUUAUUGUGCGGACUACGGGUGGGGUGGUCUCCCCAGUUGUGCUAAUCCGCUAGGGCGCCUCCCCACUCUACAAGACCACCGCUACCUCCUCGGUGUGCAUAACGAAAUGUACGUGUUUCCUCCCUUAUUCAUCACGCACCUGUUGCACAGUCUGCUUUUCCUUCCUGCCGCAAAACGGAAUUCUUAUUUCCUCCUGCUUGCAGCCCUAUUCAUUUUAUUUUUAAUCGCCCACAAAAUGGUGUUAAGCGCACUACAUCACUCUCACUUGGCCUAUUUUUUCAAAUUUGAUUUCGCCUUUUUUGCAUACACUGCUGUCACUCUUGGCAUUGUUAACGUGCCGAUUGUUAUAUAUUAUGUGUUUUUAAAGUGCACAGCGUGGGGGGCAAAGUCGGCAGUUAGGCAUAUGAAGCGCUCUUUUGAAAGUCUGUGUUCUGGUGCGCAUCAAAUUGUUCAUAUUGGGAGUGUCAGUUCUUCCCUCGAUGCCGUUCCCUCCUUUUGUGAGUAAGUGUGGCAAGGGGGGGAUUCACUUUUUUUGUGCGGGAUGAUAUGCCCAAUUUGACCGCUACACGGACAUAAUUCCACUACUCACCCUAUGCACUUGCAUACACCUCAUACGUGUGUGCGUCAGAUUUGCUACACGACUCUGCAUAUGCCAGUUUGUACGUACGUGUGGUCCCGUGUAAGCGCCUUUCCCUAUCCCGCAAUUUCACCCCGCCAUUAGUGAAAAUGGGAAGGUUUUCUUUUUUUUCCGUUUCGUGU